AUGUUUGGACAAUCUGAUCACGUAGAACACUCUCAACCUUACACCACAGACGCGAUGUGGGGACGUCCACUUGAGCCCUACAAGCCCAUGGAAUGCUUCGUGUACCGGGGUUCGGUCGCGGGCGGGAUCUGGACAAAGCCACGUGAAGUUAAGGACGAUCGCAAUGGAGUGAAUUCCCCAGGCAGUGGCUCUUUGGCUCCGAGUACCAGUGGUGACCUCUUCCUGCGGAAGCCAAUCUUUGAUACUCAGUUUCCACGAAGCUCUUCAUCUUGUCCGCCUGCUUUGAAAGAGUGUCAAACACCUCAUAUCAACUCGGAUUCCCGAGCCGAUAAAGAGAUCUUAGCCACGAAACUUCAGACUUCGUUCUGUCCUCUCCCUCCUAUCGAAAUCAUGGAUUUUGGAGGCCCGAUGUACGAUACGGCGUCUCGGACGUGGCCGAUUUCAUACUCAGUUUUCAACGAUGGAUCGAUCGACGAAAACAUCCACGCAGCCACCAUCCGUGCACCUGGAGACUUCAAUAGCGAAGCAUCGCACAAGGUUUUCGGUGCAAUCCAGACCGUCACCCUAGCGGCUGGAAAGGCCUACAUCAACAUCUGUCAUUGCCGACGGCCCGGUCGCACCCCUCCUCCUUCCUUCAACGGAAUUUUGCUUUCUCAUGACAGUGAUUGCCACGAAACUGUGAGCUUUUCGGGCUUCUGGCUAGAAGGUUUCAAAUUCGUGACAGCUGCACACUUUCUCUCGUCCAAUCCACCGUUGAGUGAGGAAGAGAAAAAAGAUACACUGGACCUUCUCAAGUACGCUUCGCCGCCACCGUCCCCCAGAGCCAUGAGAGCCCGUGUUUCGUCCCAAUUUAGCUCCCACGACUGCAACCACUAUGAGCACCUGAUGGGUCAGCUCCAUGUUCCACAAAUCUACGAUGUUCAGUUAGCAGACCAUAAUGAAGCCGCCGACAUUGCCGUCUUCAGACUAGCGGUACACGAAACGAGACGACCCGAGGUAUGGAUCAAGAACAGCCAGCUCAGCUCAGCAGCUGCGAAUUUUCCAGGCACAGUCCCCAGCAUGGUCUUCUCUACGUACUACCCAGCUUCUGAUUACCCCGUCAAUCCGAUAAACAAUCUGUCGCCCGUUGAGAAGAAAGAGCAAGAGAAUUGCACCAGAUUCGAGUUGAUGGUCAAAGAGCGGGUGCGCAAAGGCAAGCAGUGUGGAGACAACUCCGACCAGGUACACGUGCCCCGCUUCGAAGACAUCUUCCAUGCAAAUUGCCGAUCUAUUGGGUUUGGGCAUAUCGCAGAAUCCAGUCCACGGGAUGUUUCGCAUCGUGGCGCUGUUUUGCGUACCCACAGCAUUCCUGGGUUCGCAGGAUGUUCCGGCGCGAUGAUUGGGUGUCUGGAGACUACUCAUUGUCCUACUCUCGAAGGUCUGCUAGUCCCGAAUUUGUCAGUUAAAAUCAUCGGCAUUUUCAAAGGCGAGAGUGGUGAUUGUAUGAACUACAAUACUUUCAGCGCAUUCACUCAGUGUGGCGUCGAUAGCAUAAUCAAUUGCUGA